CCGACGGCGGGCGCAAAACCGCAAAGACCAGAACUUACGGCGAUGCAGACUGUGGUGCUGACGUCAGUGGCUGUGCUCGCGGCGCUGUGCAGUCAGUGCCUCGGGGAAUCACCGGGAGUUAAGUGCUUCAAGCACAACGUGUCGGACAAGAUGCUUGAACAGCUCUCAACAGCUGUUCAUCAUGUGAAGAACUCUCUUCCAAGAGAUGACAAUAAGCACAAGAAACUUCUACCAAAAUUUACAGGUACUUUGCAGAAACCAAAGGGAUUAUCACUUAUAAAGGAGAUGUUGAACUUUUACUUGAAUGACGUGUUCAGCAAUGAGUCACUGAACACCAGGGACAAUGAGAAAAUACAGAUUAUUCUGUCGAGGAUGGUAAACGAAGUUAACCAGUGUCUGAGAAUGCAUCGCAGUUUCCUCUCCUCAAAAGACCGAGAUAAGAUUCAUCAAAUGAAACAAACAUUUAAUCAGCUUAAGGCAAACGGAAUGAAAAAGGCCAUAGGAGAGUUUAAGACCGUCCUGGUCUGGAUACACAUCUACAGGCACCACACAGGAAAGUCCAGAAGGAAAAGGCAGUGAGGACCAUCGGUGGCAGUGCGUGGUGC